AUGUCGAAACCGUACACCAAGCCCAGCCUGCUGGAGCAGUUUGGCCUCCGGCCAGACCCCAACCAGCUCGAGCACACAUUCUCCAACGGCCACCGGCUCACAAAGGUCCACACGAACCACGCGCCCGUCUACCACCGCCGGAUCGGCAACCCCUUUCCGCUGCUGGCCAUCUCGAUUGGGGCGACCAUCAUGCUCAUUGCGCCCGUCCUGCUCGGCCUGCGCAACUUCACCCAGCUCAACAUCGUCCUCGCCAUUGGCCUGCCCCUCGGCCUCAUCGGCAACUUUGUCGCGGCCAUGUUUGCCUAUGCCGAGGGCAACACGUACAUCGCCACCUUUGCGUCUGUCCUCGGCGGCCUCCUCGGUGGGCUGUCUCUGGCCUUUUUGCCCUGGACGGGGAUCCAGGCUGCCUACAUCGGCAAUGCUGCGUCGGUCCAGGAGGGCAUGCUGGACCUCCUCAAGGCCCUCUCGCUCUUCUUCUUCUGCGCCAUGAUUCCCGUCUUUUUCAUCUUCUUGGCCUCGUUCAAGACCGCCGUGCCCGUCGCCGGCGGUGCGCUCCUCAUCGUCGUCUCGCUCAUCCUCAACGGCGCCAACUACAUCCACUAUCCGAUGCUGGAGCUGCAAAAGGGAUGCGGGGCCCUGUUCAUCGUCGUCGGCAUCGUGCUGUGGUACACGGCGCUGGCCGUGCUCAACCAGGAGGAGGGCAUCAAGGUUCCCGUCUUUGCGCUGCCCCGACACGAUGAUUAG